AUGACUGUUUCACGAUCGGAAGUGAUGAGGACUUGCAGGGGCAAUGUUGGCGACGAGGUUGUUACAGGGGAACAUCUUCCGAGCUCAUUACAUUGUGCUACACCAGCCGAUGUUGGAGACGGAUUGUUUGAUGAUCCAGAUGACAAUGAUGUUGAGCCGGAUCUGAUUGCUGAUGACAGUGGCGAUGACCUCGGAGCGAGUGACCCGAGAGGGGCCGCAGGUGGAUCUAGUUCUGGCACACAACAGUACCCACCCCAUUUUUCGUCAUUGGACCUGGAUGCCAUGAGGCAGGAUGGGCUUCCAGGGCAAGCCGCUGAAUUUGGCGCUAGAGAUGCAGACGGGUCUGCUGGUUUGACAGAGUUCCAGCGCAAUGGCAUCUGGGAAGUGAAACGGUACAACGGACCGCAUACCUGUCUCGCCACCUCUAUCUCCAGCGACCAUAGGAGUUUGGAUUAUCAUGUCAUAUCGACGUUCAUUAUGCCAAUGGUGAGGGCUGAUGCAUCCGUCAACAUCAAGGUGCUCCAAAAUGCCACGGCCGCGCACUUUGGAUUCAGGCCGACGUACAGGAGGGUCUGGAUGGCGAAGCAGAAGGCUGCUGCCGUCAUCUAUGGUGACUGGGAUGAGUCGUACAAUGAGCUCCCUAGGUGGGUGUUAGGAGUCCAGUUGACCAUGCCUGGUUCAGUAGCAGUCCUUCGGACAUGCCCUGUUCGAGUUGGGGGACAGCUCGACGAGUCUCAAGCUUAUUUUCACAGGCUGUUCUGGACGUUCCCACCUUGUAUCGAGGCAUUCUGUCAUUGCAAGCCGUUGGACGGGAACUCCAACAUACUGCCCGUGGCAUUUGCACUUGUCGAUGGUGAGAAUGCUGAGUCUUGGUCCUUCUUUCUCUCCCACCUCCGUCAGCACGUGACACCGCAGCCAGGUCUGCUAGUUAUUUCGGACAGGCAUAACGGCAUCAAGGCCGCCCUUGAGUCUCCUGAUGGGGGAUGGCUACCUCCGGCUGCAUACCGUGCAUUCUGCAUUCGACACGUAGCAGCGAAUUUUGCCCUCACCUUCAAGGGCAAAGAUGCUCGUAGGCUUCUUGUGAACGCCGCAUAUGCCAAGACCGAAGUGGAGUUCGAUUACUGGUUUGACAUUCUGCGCUCUGAGAACCCGGCGAUGUGUGACUGGGGGAACAGGAUUGAGUAUUCCUUGUGGACUCAGUAUUGUGACGAGGGGCGCAGAUUCGGGCACAUGACGACCAAUAUCUCUGAGUGUGUGAAUUCAAUCCUGAAGGGUGUCAGGAACCUCCCUGUGUGCUCGCUGGUGAAAGCCACAUACGGCAGGUUGGCUGAACUAUUCGUCCGCAAGGGGAGGGAGGCACAGGCCCAGCUGGGUACCGGACAACAAUUCAGUCAAUACCUGGUAAAGUGUAUCGAGGCAAAUCUAAAAACUGCUAGGUGCUUCACGGUGACUGUAUACGACAGAGAUAACUCGGAGUACACCGUGGCAGAGACGACUCCGACUGGUUCGUUCUCACUGGAAAGCUACAGGGUCUCACUGGGUUCUCAGACAUGUGAUUGUGGAUACUUCCAGACACUUCAUUUCCCAUGUACGCACGCCUUGACAUGCUGUGCCUACUCACGUGUUACUUGGCAGCCAUACGUCCACCCAGUGUAUCGACUCAGUUCGGUUUUCAGUGUAUAUCAGAUGGGAUUCACUCCUCCCAUUCCGGAGGGAUUUUGGCCACCUUAUGACGGGGCGACCAUUAUACCGGACCCGAGUAUGAGGCGUGCGAGGGAGGGUCGUCCACGGUCCACUCGAAUACGGACCAAUAUGAAUGAGACAGAUCCGAACCGGCCCAAGAGAUGUAGCCUCUACAGGCAACCCGGACACACUCGUCGGAGUUGUCCACAGGCCGGAGGACCCAGCCAUGCAGGGUGA